UUUUUUUUUUAACCCCAAAACAGACAUCACUCACUGAAAUAUCCAGUCCAAUACUUGUUCAAAGUAUAGAGCUAGAAGAAGAAACUCUGCAAAUUGUUAUUUCUUCCCUGAGUAAGAUGGACUCUUCGUUCUUCCAAAACCCUAAUUCUGAAUUCUCGUUCGAAUCUUCUUCUUCCUUCAACUCUCGAGAAUAUUCUCACGAUGGUCAUCUCUCAUGGAACGUGUUCAACUCUAAUGAUCAUCACAACCAAUCAGCCUUUCCCCAACUACCCUUUAAUGAGAACGACUCAGAAGAAAUGCUUCUAUAUGGAGUUCUUGCUGAGGCGCCUGCAGGAGAUGGGAACUCAUCGGGUUCAAUAGUAUCAUCCACUCACUCCAAAGACCAAGAAGAAGUGAAUUCUUCUAGUGCCACUGCUGACGAAGAUCAAGUGGUUGCUUAUAGAGGUGUUCGGCGGCGGCCGUGGGGAAAGUUUGCUGCAGAGAUAAGAGAUUCGACGCGAAACGGUGUUAGGGUUUGGUUGGGAACUUUUGACACGGCGGAGGCUGCUGCUUUGGCUUAUGACCAAGCAGCAUUUGCAAUGCGGGGGUCUUUGGCGGUUCUCAACUUUCCGGCGGACGUGGUUUAUCAGUCGCUUGUGGAGAUGGAGUAUGGCUUUGAAGAUGGUGCGUCUCCGGUGUUGGCCUUGAAGAGAAGGCACUCCAUGAAGAGAAAGUCAUCGACGAACAAAAAUAAUAAAAUACUGUACCGUAAUCAGCAUCAAAAGAACGAUGAAGAAGAUGAUUAUCAGUUGGAAAAUGUUGUGGUGUUUGAGGAUUUAGGCGCAGACUAUUUGGAGGAGCUACUCAGUAUAUCUGAGAGCUAGCUGUACUCCCUGAUAGGAGCAUAUUUAUGCGACUUAGUUAACUUGUUCUUGUGCAUUUACGUUGUAUUUCCUUAGUUAUUUUAGUGUUCAAAGUUAUUUUUGUGUGUUUUCAGACUCUAA